CACGCGAUGGCAGCUGUUGCAAUUGUAAAUUACCGACGUGAUUUUCUUUCUGUCUCCGUUUUCGUCAUUUGUAAAGCCCUAAGGGCGCUGAUAUUUUGAACACACGUUCCGUUUUAAAUGUGUAAAUAUGUGAUGGGCUAUUAUGCCCCUUUUCUUUCUCGCUAACGUCUUCGGUGCGGCAGGAAUACGCGUAUUCGUAACAGUGUUGAAAGACAGCCGGAGGUAGGGACGGAGUGCAAAAUGAACCUGCCACACUUUCGUCGAAAGAGACUCUUGGCAUACCUUGUUGCGGCAGGCCUUCUGCUUCUCACUCUCAACUACAUCCUCAAGUCGGAAGAAGCCAAUGGCUGUGGCCGCACAUCUGACACAGGACCGUGCCUCUUAUCACUUUUUCCGAAGGUGUUGGACUCACUCACAGCCCAGGGAGUCUCUAGUUACCUGUGCUAUUAUGCCCUCUGGGGUGCGUUGAAAGACCAGCAGCCAUUGCCUUGGACGAACAAAGUCGAGCUUUGUCUUCGUAAUGAAGAGCUCUCUGAUCUAGACGAAGGCCAACUGUUGAAGUCAUUUCGUAGAUAUGGCGUAAAUGCUUAUUACGACUCGGCGAACGGGCUCUACAGAGCAAAACUCAAGGAUGGAAGCAGCGCAUGUGAGGUGUACUUGUACGUCUUUGAAGAAGACAAAAUCGUUCACCGAGUGCGUAGGGUCGGCUGGAAAAACAGGCUGCUGCCGCCUGAUUCGUGUGACACAUUGCAUUGCUUUCCUGUGUCGCUACUGACACCCCCGCUCAAAGAGACAACGUUCCUGGGAGCUGCGGUGAAUGUUCCACAUGAUGGCAUCGAAGUGCUAAAGUACAUGUUUCCUGACUCAUGGUGGAAAGGAGAGGUGCCGCCCAAGUGUGACUAAAUGUCAUAGCGAAACGUGAUCGAGUACUUCUUUCGAGACUUUCUUGCCUUUCAGUUUAUGCAUAUCAUUGUUAUAAUGUCUAAUCAGAUCGCUCAUGAUUACGCAGGGUGGUUUUGCAAUACUUCUACAGAAUGCAAAAACGUAAUUUAAUCUAAGGCCUGUUAAAAACAAUUGUCCCUUUCAAAUAAUCUUCAUUUUGCGACGAGCCAGUAGCUAUAAGCCUUUAAAAUACUUUAAAUGCUUCGUAUUCAUAUUUAGUUUUAUUUAAGGACAAUAUUGAUGCUUCUUAUUGGGUGCACAGACCAAUUUAAAUCUGAGCCCUGUGAAACUGCAGCUCCUGCAGCCACCUUUCUAUACCCUUUUUAAAAGUUGAAAUUAAUUAUGCAUAUGCUUACGAACACUGACUUGGAGAAUUUUCUUGUGUGUGCACAUUAUAUGCUAUUGGUUAAGCUUUUUUAUUGUUAGCAGCAUUCUCUUAUUGCUCGCUGUUUUUAGAGAAUUGUUUUCAUACUGUCAUAUGUCCUCAUCUAGUCACUUCGUAUUCACACAUAAUGUCUCAAUAGCUGUGAACUAUGCUUGCCUUUGUUGGGGUCAAAAUAUUUGUGAGGGCACUUUUGUAGUGUCUUUUAAAAAAUUUGCUCUGUUUUAAUCGAGCUUAUGAUUCAGCAUUUUCUCGGUUUUGUGGUUAUGUCUUUCCCUCUUUUCUGCCACUAAAUUAUGAACAAUAUUUCGUAUACUAUAAUAGUUUAAUCUGUAGAGUGUGGAGCUCAGCUAACGUGAGCCAUUAGUUGGGAUAUUCAUUACAGUCAAACAUUACCAUAUACCUCAACUGUUCAGGUAUAGUACAUCUUGAAAAAUCUCCUAUGCUUCCAUCAAGCAGUCAUUUAUUGUUCCCUGUCGACGUGUCGUGCCCUGAAUGGCUAUAGAAUUUCACUUUUUUAUUAUUUUAUACACUGACACUUUGAUGCUCAUUUUAGCAGUUUCACACAGUACUUAAGUUGCCUGCAUAACCAAGUAUCAUUAAAAUGGAUCAUACCAUUAUGCUUAUAUGAAAAGAAUGAGUUUGUUGCUUCAGUCUGUAUUAUCCAAGCCACAAUCCUUUUUAGAAGUGACACAUUUUUGUGUAUUACCUUGGAAAGUUUGACGUGUUGAGCAGUUAAGAUAAGCUUAUGACUCACAUGCAAUUCUAGUAAAAUGCCCAAACCUAGUCUUUCAUUUACAUAUAAUUGUGUAUUUGAGUGUGUGCCUGUUUGUGACUAACUUGUGCAUGCCCGGUUUUUUCAUUUCAUACUUGUGGUGUUACAACGAUUUAAAUUAUUUUCUUUCAAACUGAGUGUUUUCACAAUUGGAGGCACAUGUGUUUUAGAGCUGCUAACUUGUGGGAUGUGCGAUGGGUGUGGCAUGGAAGAUUCCUGUAUUUACUGCAUUAAAUUUUAAUUUUUCUCAAG